UGGGGCUCACCCCGUCUGCCUCUGCGCACAACACUGUGCCCGUGCCCUGCGCUGUGAGGUGACACAGCUGCCUCAGGGUGACUGGCCACGGGUCUGUCGACUGUCCAGCGGUCUUUACUCAGGUGGAAAAACCCUGCAGGUUAGAGGAGAGGCAAGAGGCGGGGCUGGGGGCCCAGUAAGCACAGACUGGAGAUGACCUGGCCUCCUGGAAGCAGUUCCCAGAGAAUGUGUGUGUGGUGCUUUUACCAACUGCAUCGCAGCAAGACAAACACGGCGGUGGUUGUGUGGAUUCCCUUUGUGUAAGACAAAACGGCCCCCUUUCUUUGGCACACAGGCUCUGCCCCGAGCCACCCCCACCCCAGUGCCCACUUGUAGUGCCAGGGGUAGUGACACAGGGCUUCUUUAGCUGGAAAGUGGACUUAGAAGUGCCACGAUGCCCCUACACCUCGAAUUCCAGGGCUCCCAGCUGUGCUUCACAGUGACCCGUUUACUCAGUGGGGCUACCGCUGAGCCUCAGAGCGCUCACACAUUUGGCUUGCAGAUCCACACCUUUCAGGACGUUUGUCUCCCAGGAAACAGCCCAGAAGCAUACUGGGAGGGGCGAGGACCCCAGAGCUCCUGGGAGGGGUGGUUGUUGGAGAGGUUGUGAUUGGCUGAUUGUCCCAAGAUACUGGGGCAGAUACAGGGGAGGCUCCCUGCUCCUCCGGGUUUGGGAGCCCAGUUCCCUCGGAUCAGGACUCCCUGUGCACCUCUCUGCCGGCUCUCGUAGGCCCAAAGCCAGCUGCAAUUCGGUACCAAGCAGGUGGCCCCAUGGGAGCCGGUGGCCCAAGCCCAGCCUGGAAGGUGAUGAUGGGAGCCGCAGUCCUACUGCCCUUGGUGGGGCCCAGGCUGGGGAGCAGCUCCCAGGGCGGAAGCUGCUGGGCUGACUGCGGUGUCCAGCCACCCCGGGCACAGGGCGAGGCUUCAGUGAAGGCAGAGGGCGUCUCCACUGGCCCUGAACGAGCCCCCCACAAGACAUCUGUUACCAUCACGACCGUCCUGGGCAGCGGUGGCCCCGGCUCCUGUCGCUGGCAGCAGUGGGCGCCUGGGGAACCGGAAGCUCCAUUCUCGGGGACACACGAGGGUGGCUCCUCGGCCACGGGCCCCUACAAUCUGAGGACGUUUCCAUGCUGUGGCUGGAGACAGCUGCUUCGUUCUGCAGAGGACCCCGCCAAGGCCCCACUCCUGGGGGUCCUCACCUCAGGGGCCCCCACCGGAGCCGCCGGGCCCCCGCAGGCCACCACCCAGCCAGCUCUCCUCGGGGGGCCGCCUUCUGGUCUCCCCACCGUUCCCAGGAGCCCUGCCCGGCUGCUCACUCCAACCCCUGUCCCUCCUGGUGACGCGUCUGGGACCCCGUCAGACACCCUGAACCCCGAAGUCUCUGCCUGCCCCCACAGCUCGCUGGGCCCCCUGCCUGGCACCGCCCGCACCCCCAGCCUGCCCGGGUCCCCAUCUGGUCCCCAGAGGCCCUGCCGCCUGACUCCGUGUCCUCCUGCGGCCGUCCUCGUUCGAGACCCUGACAAUGCCGCGCACCCCGCUGCCUGCUGCUCUCCAGACACGGAUGCCCGGGCUGCUCCGGCUCUGGGAUUCCGAGUCCACCUGGCUUCCCGAGCGGCUCUUCGCCUGCUGGUGGAUUUCGGGGACAGUGUGGGGGCCGAAGUCAGGCUCUGCAGCAUGACUGCGGCCACCGAGGUGACUGCUUUCCACCAGUACGGGAAAGAGGGCGUCUACGCACUCCGAGCGGCUAUUCUUGGGCACCAGGGACCGCAAGUGGAGCUUGGGCCUUACUAUGUGGCCGUGACCCAUGGGCACGUGUCUGUGCUCAUGAACACCAGCAGCACCCACCAGAAUGAAGUCCUCACCUUUGCAGGCUCCCACCCAGGGCAGAAAGGCACUGGGGUGACGCACCGCUUCCCCUGGCUGGCUUCCUGUAAUGUGUCCUUCCUCUCUCGGGCCCGAGCGGGGCACAGCCAGGCCUGGCACAGCGUGACAGUGUGGUACCAGAUGCAGCCCGUGUCCAUCUACACAAAUGGAACUGUGUUUGCUGAAGACGCAGACAUCACCUUUGUGGCUGUCACCAAGGAAACCACAGCCCUGGAGUUCACCUGGCACUUUGGAGACGGCCCCCCAGUGAGGACGACUUCCAGAAGCAUCAGGAGACGGCUCGGCGCCCCCCAGUGGUACUGGGUGACAGUGGCCGCUUCCGGCACGAUGGGCAGCGUGGUCUCUGCACCCCACGUGCUCAGGGUGCAGCGGCGGGUCCGGGCCAAUCGGCUUGUCUCGGCCCCCACGGCUCUGGUGAACACCAGCGUGGCCUUCGAGUGCAGGAUCAAUUUUGGCACCGACGUGGCCUUCCUGUGGGACUUUGGGGACGGCACCGUCCACCCGGGCAGCAGCUCCACCAGCCACAUCUACAGCAGGGAGGGCGAGUUCACCGUGCAUGUCCUGGCCUUCAACAACGUCAGCUCUGCCUCCCUGAGGAAACAGCUUUUCGUUGUGCACCAGCCCUGCCAGCCGCCUCCUGUGAAGAACAUGGGGCCUGGGAAGGUCCAGGUGUGGCGGGCUCAGCCCCUGAGGCUGGGGGUGACGUUUGAAGCUGCCGUCCUCUGUGACAUCUCCCAGGGCCUCGCUUACACCUGGAGCCUCGAAGACACUGAAGGGUCCCCUGUCGCCCUGCCUGCUGCCGUCGACACCCACAGACAGAGCCUCAUGCUGCCAGCCUACGCGCUGGACAGUGGGGAGUACACGGCCACCGCCAAGGUGCGGAUCCAGGGCACCAUGGUGCACAGCAACUACUCCGUGGGUGUGGAAGUGCUUGCCCGGGUGCCUGUCGCCGUCAUCUCGGAGGGCACCCACCUCUUUGUGCCCAGGGCUGCCCGGGAGCCCGUCGUCCUCAGGGGGACACAGUCCUUUGACCCUGACCACCCUGGGGCUGUGCUCAGCUACCACUGGACCUGCACGGCGGCCCGCUCCCCUGGGAGGCCCUGCUUCGAUGACACUGGCCCAAACCAGCCGGACACCAGGGCCUCCAUCUUCUCCUUCGCAGUGGAGCGGCUCAGCACAUGCUGCGACCAGUUCCUCCUGACGCUGACGGUGGCCAGCAGGGGCCAGUACUCUUCAGAGGCUCAGGUGUUCCUGUCCACUCGCCAGGACCCAGGCUUCAGAUUCCUGCACAUCUCCUGGCUCAGCUUUAAAGACGUUUACGUCAACUGGAACGAAGAGCUUUCUCUCCGCGCUGUGUGUGAUGACUGUGGGGAGACACUGAGCCUCUCUUACUCCUGGGAGCUCUUCUGGGUCAACGCCACAGAAAAGAGCAGCAUUGAAGGUACAGACGCUGCCAGCUUUGCUGCACCCUGCCUCCCCGACAGUGCAGGCUCGUCCCGAGCGGCUGAGAUGCUGUGCACUGGGGACACCUGUGACAUUGCCUGGGAGUUGAGGGCCCCAUGCUGCUCCUCCUCCUGUGUGCUGGGAAGGCUGCGCACUGUGCAGCUGCUGGGUGUUGCAGCUCUCAGGGCCUUUUGGGAGUCACCAGAGUCAGCCCUGUCAGCCAUGGAGCCCAGUGAGGAGCUUCCGGUUGGGACACCCACACCGCUCCCAUGGGGGACCCCACCUGAAGCCCUGCACCACACCGUCCUGGGGUCCUCAGCGAGUGGCCGCUGGAUUCCUGCUGCCAGUGACACCACGGCCCCAGGGGAGGCUGUGGAGGACCAGCCACGGGGCCCAGAGCCUGUGGCCCAGGCUGAGGGAGCCCCGCCAACCAUGAGCCCCUCUUCGAGAAGCCAGCCUCAGCCCAGCUCCCCCCCUGCCCUGGAUGACUUCGAAGACUAUUACGGCAACAUCCAAGAAGCAGAGCCGGCGGGAGGACGACAGCCAGUCCCUGCCCCUGUUUCCUAUCCGCACUUUUUCUUCUUCUUAGGCCACAGCACCGGUGUCUCCAGCGCAGACGCCGCGGAAGGGAGCCCUGGGGAAGGAGACAACCUGCUGGACCCCUUCACCUCCGCAGACAGAGCCUCACCAGUGCUCACCAUCGACUGGCCCAAGGCCCGGCUCAGCCGCGCCGUCCUCCGGGGCUACACCGAGGCAGGUAUCACCAAACCGACUGUGACACUAAAGCCGUACUCCCUGAGCAGUGGAGAGACUUACGUCUUACAGGCGUCCGUGGCGGCAGAGCCCAGCGAGCUCGGCCGAGCCCAGCUGUACGUGAGGGUCCCCCGAGUGCCCCGGGAUGCGGCCUGCCAGGUGCAGCCCCAGCGCGGCCUCGAGGCCCUCACCAUCUUCAGCGUCUUCUGCAUGUCGGGGACACCAGAUUUUCAUUAUGAAUUUAGUUACUGGGUAGGAAAUGCCUCCAGACACACCCUGUACCGCGGGAGAGACACCCAGUACUAUUUUGCCCUGCCUGCUGGAGACCCCUUGGACAAUUACAAAGUCAUGGUUUCCACUGAGAUCACAGAUGGCCAAGGCUCCAGGAUACAGCCGUGCUCCGUGGCAGUGACUGUGCUGCCGCGUUACUAUGGGAACAGCUGCCUCAGCGAGGACCUGUACAAUUCCAGCCUGAGGAACCUGUCUGUCCUCUGGCUGAUGGGGAGCGACACGGAAAGCAGGAACUACAUUGCCAUGCUCACCGGGAUCCUGAGCCGCUUGGCUAAGGAGAACACUAGCACUUCCUGUGACCAGUGGUCACCACUGCAGGAUGCCCUCAUUUCUGCAGUGUGCACAUUGGCCUUUGCAGAUGAGGAAGAAAUGAUGGACUCUGUUCAUACACUGAGGAACCUCGUGAACCUCCCAAUUAAGCUCGGGUUCCUGAGUGCGGCCCGAAUCCUCAGGUUCGCCCACACGCUCCUUGUUCAAGACCAAACCCACUUCUCAGGGAAGUUUGUAGGCGCUGGAGGCCGCAGGCUUGAACUCAUCCUUCUCAUCUCUGGAGUCUGGGAGGCCUCUGAGCAUGGAACAUGGAGGCACGAGGACUAUAUACUAGAAGAAGGCAAGAGGGUCAUCUCUGACAUGCUGCUGGCCGCGCUCCCUCUGAGCCCCGGGCAGCAGCUGUCCGUGAGUGCUGGGCAGAUGGAGUUCCGGGUCCUUCUUCACCGCGGCCUCCAUUGCUCGGUGCAGAGCCUGGGCUCUGUCCUCGUGCACCUCCCCAGGGAUCUGGCCGGGCUCAGUCCAGCGGCAGAGGAAACACAGGCCCCGUGCUACAUCAGCCAGCUCACGCUCUUCAGAAGGAGGCUGCACCCUGGGGGCGGUGCUGCCGGGCAGGUGGGAGGCAUCUUGGGCCUGAGUCUCUACAGCUGCCCCAGCAGAAGCCCCAUCCGCAGGCGACAGCUGAGGACCCCCGUGACUGUGGAGUUUGGGGACGAGGACAGCGGGGAUAAUGAGACAAGUGAAGGCUCAUUUGUACUGCUUCGGGAGCAGGUGCAUUUCCACCAGUUCGCCCUGCUGUCUCAGCAUCCCCAGGAAUUGCUCCAGAUCCACAUCGAGUUUGCGGAGCUGGAGACCCCAGCGUUCCCCGUGCUGCUGCUCUUUAGCUUCUCCAAGAAACCCAGCCCCUCCGACUUCCUGGUGCAGCAGACCCGCUUCCAGGACCAGCAGAGUGUGCGGAUUUUCGCCCCCACCGCCCUGGGGCGAGCUGCCAACGUGGGGUAUCUGUCCUUACUGGAUGCCUACUAUGACAGAAGAGCCCCGAGCACGUUCCUGGCCAAGGCGGUGAGCUACACGGCCCAUUUCCAGUGGAUCCGCUGCCUCUUUUGGGAGAGGGGAGAGUGGAAAUCUGGACGUUUCUCUCCUCAGCCUGGAACCUCUCCAGACAAGGUUAACUGCAGCUAUGACCGCCUCGCGCCCUUCUCCACCCUGAGAAGAAGGCUGAACGCCAGUUUCGAGGCCAGCGACAUUUCUGAGGUACAGAGUCCCCCACAAAACCUGCUCCCCAGUGUGUGCAUGGGGGUCAUCACAGUUCUCUACGGACUUCUGGUUAUGAAAAGCAACCUUGUGGACCGUCGCAAGGAGAAGGGGCCUGGCUACAUCUUCCUGCAGGAGGCCGCACCCCCUGGGCACCAGCUCUAUGCAGUCGUGGUGGACACUGGAUUCUGGUCGCCGGCACGGUUCACCUCCAGGGUUUUCAUUGUUUUAUUCGGCGAAAGUGGACUUUCAGAAACCAGAGAACUCUGCUGUCCAGAGAGAACCCUGUUUGAGAGGAAUUCCAGACACACCUUUAUCCUGAGCGCCCCCGCCCAGCUGGGCCCGCUCUGGAAGGUCCGCGUGUGGCACGACAGCAGCGGGCCGGCCCCCAGGUGGCUGCUGAGCUGCGUGAUGGUGAAGGAGCUGCAGUCCGGCCGGGCCUGGUUCUUCCCCGCACGCUGCUGGCUGGCGGCCGGCCAGGGGGAUGGCCGCGUGGAACGGGAGCUGCCCUGCCUGCGUCAAGGCCUCGGCUUCUGGAAGCUCUUCUGCGCCAAACUCACCGAGGCCCUGGAGGGCUGCCACGUCUGGCUGUCGCUGUGCGGCCCGCCCCGCUCCCACGGCCCCUCGCGCACGCAGCGCCUGGCUGUGAGCCUCUGCCUGCUGUGCACCCACGCCUGCCUCACUGCCCUGGCCACUGCGGGGGGACGAGACCAGCUUCUGCCAGACGUCGUCCUCGGAGACCUGGGCCUGGGGCUCCUGUGUGCGCUGGCGGCCUCCCCAGUGGCCCAGCUCCUGCCACUGCUCUUCAGAUGCAGCCAGGAAGCCAAGGGGCUGCCCCGGGCUGAGCCGCAGGGUGCCAGGACCAGGACACAGCUGGAGGUGCCUCAGGGUGAAGGCCCUAAUUCCCCCGGAAGGACCCCAGGUGCACAGGAGCCCUGCAAGCAGCCUGCAGCAGCCAUGGCCUCUAGGAGGGACACAGCCUGCCCAUCCUGGGAGCUGGAGGCCCGCAGGGUGGGGAGGAGGAGCCGCCAGCCUCCUUGUGCCCAAGCUCCCAGCGAUGGCCAUGAAGGACUUGAGCCCCAGGGCCCCAGCGCCUGCCAGCUGCCACCCAACACAGCAGCCUGGACCAUCUGUGGCAUGGUGACCCUGGCCUGUGGGCUGGGCACAGGCUUCCUGGGCUACCGGUUCCUCCCGGCCCAGUGUGCCCAGUGGCUGCUCCUGCUGUCGCUGUCUGUGGUUUGCUGUGCAUUCAUCACUCAGCCGCUCCUGAUCUGCUGCGCCGCGCUGGGUUUUGCUUGGAAGAGGAGGGCCGACAGCCAGUGUUUUGCUGAGUCCUUACGCGAAGCGACCGAGCAUCUGGGCUCCGGGCUGGAAGAGCGUCCGGGACCCCACACGCGCGCAUCUCCCGGCCCCACCGCGGGGCUCGCAGAGGUUCCCAGGCCCUACCCCAGGCCUACUCCCGGAGUACGGCGCUCAGGCGUGCUCUUCCGCUCUGUCCCCCGGUACCGCCGGGUUCACGGCGCUCUCCUCUCCCCACAGGUCCUGGCUGCCCGGCAGCGAGAGCGCCACCUGCGCCGGGCGCGGCCGCCGUCCAGGGCCCAGCUCAGGGUCACCCGGGAGAGGACGAAGAGAGCACGCCGCGCGCAGGCGGCCCUGAGGGGCCUCGCCAUGCACGGCCUGACGCUGCUCCUGCUCACGUGGCUGACCCACGGGGCCUUCUCCACGGCCGCCGAGCACGCUCUCAAUCGGGCCAUCCGGAAGGCGUUGGCGAGUGCCAGGUGCUCGCCGGGCGCCGGGGACCGGAGCGACUGCAGGCUGAGCUCACUGCUGGACGCGCUGCUCACGGGGGGCCCCUCUGCAGCCGGGGCGCCAGGGGCUCAGCCUGGAGCUCUAGGGGGAAAAUGCUACCUACUGGGUGCUUCAGUGAUUCAGCAGCCCCAGGACCCUCCCAGCAGUUUACCCAAGCCUCCAGGGCCGUCUCCAGCGCCCCUGGAAGACUCCCUUCCUCUGUGGAGCCCUGACCCCAGAGGCCUCGAGGACCAGAACCUGACCCAUGGUGGCCCUGGGCACUGCCUGCUCAGCCCGGGCAGAACCAGGCUGGAGGCCCAGGCGCUGCUGAGCACCCUGAGGGCCCGAGGCUGGGCAGCCGCGUCCAUGCGCCUGGUGCUCUACCACCCACCCUCGCAGCUCUUCACAAGCAUCGCCCUGCGCGCCCAGCCUCUGCCCGCCGCCUGGGUGGAGUCCUUCAGGGUCUUCUGGGGCAGCUCCAGCUACCACCACGUGCUCCCCGAGGUGAGUCCUGGGGUUCCAUCAGGACGGCCAGGCCUCCGCCACUCCGCCCCUGGAAGCUGCUGUCACCCGCGGAUGCCGGAUGGUGGAGGACCCAGCCCAGAAGCCGGACUGAAAAGCAGUUUGUCUGAAAUUCCGUGCCCCCUGCAGCUGGCAUUCCUGGUCCUCAGCCUGGCUCGCCUCAGUCUGCAUCUCUACUCGAUGGCCGAGGUGGGCGCCCUCAGCUACUGGCGGAGACCCCGCAACUGGCUGGAGGCCGGAACAGCCGCUUCACGCCCUCUCCCGUCUCGUCUCUCGUUUCUGUCACAGCUGCCCGCGUUGGGCGCGGCCCUCGCCUAUUACGCGGCCUGUGGCCUCCUCAGUCUCCACGCCGGGGACGUCGCCCAGCAGCUCCGCGGAGGGCCGUGCCAGGGGCCCCUGGACCUCAGCCUCAUGGCGCUGUGGAGCCAGAGGGCGCGGUGGCUCCGGGGACUCCUGCUGUUCCUCUGGACACUGAGGUGCAUCUCCCUCCCUGGCCUCCUUCAUGUGGCCUCGUCCUGCUGUCUCCGGAUGCGGAUGCGGGGCUUGGUCUCUGGCGUCUCCACCGCAGUGCUGGUGGGGGCCCUGGUGCUGGCCGCCCACACCCACCUGCGCCACCUUCUGAGCGCCGCCUGGACACUGCCUCCCCGCACCUUCGCACACUCCGGAUCCCGGCUGCUGCUGCUGCUGGGGUUGCCCGGGAGAAGCCAGGAAGACUCGUCCCCGAGCCUCCCCACGUCCCACCUGCGAGCCGCGGCUGGGAGCUGGGGUGUCCUCUCCGCAGUGGUGGCGGCGCUGUGUCUGGGAAUGAGUCAUUGCUUGGAGGAGUUCUCCAGUCUGUUAGAUGAGCUCCUGGUGAAGGUCGAAGCUUUGUCCCACGGCCUGGAGCUGCCUGCUCUGGAAGAACCCAGGCCUGCGGACGACAGUCCCGCAGUGAGCAUUCCUGCUCACCGAGCUCCUGGGGUAAGACCCUGGCAGUCGCCCCGGGACACCCGCCUCCGAAAACGCGGCUCUUCCUAG